UAUAUGCUUGGCAUACAUGUUUUGGCAUCAAAAUUCUCUCAAUUGUGCUAAUGGCUCCAAAAAUACUCUUUGGCCUCCUCACUUUUCUCUUUCUCUUAGUUUCUUCCACUGCUUUUUCCUUCACAUUCCAUGGCUUCAAUGAAAGCAAUAUCACCCUUGAAGAGAAGGCAAAGAUUGACAAGCAAGGUAGACUUGAGCUUACAAGAAGAGAAAACAAUAUUGUUGGCCAUGCAUUCUACAAUGAAUCCAUCAAAAUACUUGACAAAAAUACUUCAGUCCCCAAGCCAAAGGUUUUCUCCUUCAGUACUUUCUUUGUUUUCUCAAUUGUGUCACCAAGCUCUGGUCCUGGUGGCUUUGGUCUUGCCUUCACCAUAGCUCCUUCAACACAGUUCCCACAAGCUGAAGGUGGCCAUCUUCUUGGUCUCUUCAACUCUUCCAAUGAUAUGAACUCCUCAAAUCAAAUCUUGGUGGUUGAGUUUGAUACGGUGAAUGGCUACAAAGAUGCCACUGACACUGUGGGAAACCAUGUGGGGGUGAACAAAAAUGGCAUGUCCUCAAAUAUAUCUGAGCCUGCUGCUUACUUUGAAGAUGGCAAAAAGGAAGAGUUCAACAUGGAGAUGGCUGAUGCUGUUUGUGUUUGGAUUGAAUAUGAUGGUGAAACAGAUAUACUGAAUCUCACAAUAGCCUCUUAUCCGAAAUCAAAACCAAGCAAACCUCUUAUAUCUCAGCGUGUUGGCCUUGAGUCUGUCAUGAAGGAGAGCAUGUUUUUUGGUUUCUCUGCAUCAACAGGUAAGAGAAAAUCAAGUGCUCAUUAUAUUCUAGGGUGGAGUUUUGCAGUGAAUGGGGUUGCCCCUCAACUAGAUUAUGCACUACUUCCAAAGCCACCACCAAAGGAGAAACACUCAAACACUUUUCCUUGGAUCAAGGUUGUAAUUGGCAUCUUGUCUGCUCUGACAUUUACCUUGUUGUGUCUUUUGCUUUUUGUGACACUCUAUAAGAGAUACAUGGUGUUUGAAACUCUUGAGGAUUGGGAAAUGGAUUGUCCUCAUAGGUUCAGAUACAGAGAUCUUCACCUAGCAACAAAGGGGUUCACAGAGAGCCAACUAAUUGGAGUUGGAGGCUUUGGUUCUGUGUACAAAGGGGUGUUACCCAGCACAGGAUCCGAGGUUGCUGUUAAAAGGAUCCUGAGAACUCCAGCCAAAGGAAUGAGGGAAUUUGCAGCUGAGAUUGAAAGCUUAGGAAGAUUGAGGCACAAGAAUUUGGUGAACCUUCAAGGGUGGUGCAAGCACAAGAAUGAUCUCCUCUUGGUUUAUGAUUACAUUCCAAAUGGGAGCCUUGACUCUCUCCUAUUCAGCAAAAGCUUUGUCUUGGAUUGGGAUCAGAGAUUCAGAAUUCUGAAAGGUGUAGCUGCUGGGUUGUUGUAUCUGCAUGAAGAAUGGGAGCAAGUGGUGAUACACAGAGAUGUGAAAUCAAGCAAUAUUCUUAUUGAUGGGGACUUCAAUGCUCAUUUGGGUGACUUUGGACUAGCAAGGCUUUAUAGCCAUGAUCAAGUUUCACACACAACAAGUGUGGUUGGAACAAUUGGGUAUAUUGCACCAGAGUUAACUAGGACAGGAAAAGCAUCUACAAGCUCUGAUGUGUAUGCAUUUGGGGUCCUUCUUCUUGAAAUGGUUGCAGGAACAAGACCAGUUGGUUCAUCAGGUAAUUUUUUCUUGGUGGAUUGGGUUCUUGAAAAUUCCCAUCUGGGUCAGAUUCUUGAAGUGGUUGAUCCAAAGUUAGAUUCAGUUUAUGAUGAAGAGGAAGCAGAAUUGGUUCUGAAACUGGGUCUGCUGUGUACUCAAAACAAAGCUGAGUAUAGACCCUCUAUCCAACAAGUGACUAGGUACCUAAACUUUGAUGAUCCUUUUCCUGAUAUCUCUGAUUGCAGAUACUAUGAUUCUCAAAGUAGCACGACAAGCUUAGGGUUUUCAAAAGCCAUGUCUACGGGUGAGAUUUCAUCAUCCUCGUACAGUUUACCCUCCAUUGACAGGAGUACAAUCUCCAUAGAAGCUGGCAGAUAGCAGAAGAAUAUUCAUCUAAUUUGUUCUUUAAUUUCCUUUUACCAUAUUAAUUCACAUUUAAUUGUUUGUACCUACUACACUUUACUUUAUCUUCCACCCAAUUUAUGAGACUUAACUGGUA